UUCAGAGGACGCCCUGUAGAGAGGAGGACCCACAUGGUGAGCCACCAGUAUGGGAUGACUGUCACCAAGACCCUCCAGGAGGGACAGGCAGAGCCACAGAGCCAGAGCUUCUUCUACAUCCAGGCCGAGCUGCGGGGGCUGCUGCCAGAGGGUGCCAGCCUCCUGCUGCUGCGGGUGAUGGCGUGCCAGCGAGCAGUGCCCUCUGGCCUCGUCUUCCCGACCAUUGAUGCCGAGGGCCACCUCUGCACCUCCAGCUACCGCAACUUGGGCAUCCAGCAGCAGGCAGCGGGCUCAGUGGAGGCCGAGGUGUUUGUGAUCGAGCGAGCUGUGCACGCUGCCAUGGGUGGCUCCACCGUCUGGCACAGCAGCUUCCUCCCCAGCGGGCAUUUGGCCCGUCAGGUGCAGGUCGGCUCCCCAACAAUGGUGCUUCUGCAGGACGGGUCUGUCCUCAGCAAGACAGGUGAGGUCAAGCCCCAGCCCCGCUUCCCCAAAAAGCCCCUGGACUGGGAGGAAGACGUCCAGCUCUACUCCUGGUUCCUGGACAGGAAGGAGGAGCUGCAAAUGUCUCACGCCGCCUAUGUCCGGCAGCACCCCGAGCUCCAGGCACUGCUGACUGACUUCCUCCAGACCUUGCUUCUCCAGCAGCCCAGUGAUCCCAUCUCCUUCGCUGGCCAAUUCUUCGCCCCCUUUGCCCAUCAGCAGCCCCCUGGGACUCCCUCUGCCUCCUCUGAGGCUGCCAUCCCCCUCCCCAGCCCCCUGCCUCAACACCCUCCAGCUGACACGGAAUAA